AUGGAGGCUGCUGAAUACUUUCUAGCGUAUGAGGCUAUGAAAGAGGGCGAGAAUGCUGGCCAAUCGGGACGUUUGAUGCUGACGAUGCGAGUGAACGAUCCGUGUGGGAUAACAAAAAUCGUGUGGAGUUCUUUCGAUUUCAUGACCGGCCCGGAUCUUCGGUUUCUCUGGGAAGUCGCUCCUCUCGAGGCUUCAGUGACACCAUUAAACUUGAGUGGAGAAGAGGGCUCCGAGGCGCCAUCGGUAAAUUCAUCAAUGUCAGCCACUUCAAUGCAGUUUGAAGAUAUCGAUGAUCCGCUACAAGUAAAUCCCCUUCUCACCGUAACAGAAAACAUAGACGUCGACGACGGACUGUUUUUGCUCUCCUCUUCUCCAAUUUUGUCAAUUAAAGAGCGUGCUAUAGGCGGAGGACAGUAUUUGGACGACUACAUGACGGAUUCAAUCACGGAUAGUAGGAGCACGAUUGGGCCCAAUACCGUUAAUUCGUCAAUGCUGGAAAGCUCAUCGAGUGGUCGUCUGGAUGAGAGUGGAUCAAAUUCGGAGCCAAAUUCAGCUCCAUCUUCUAAACGGCGAGGGAGUACAUUGACAGCAAUCCCCGAUGAAUCCGGUGAAAAAGCGGCCGAUACCCAACGAGAGAUUACCCCAGACGAUUCCUUACUCGAAACGCCAAUAGAAUCAUCAACAAAUGAUGAGCAUGCGACAAGGCAGAAGAUUUUUGACGGACUGGCCGAGUUAACGAGUCGGACUGGAGAUGAAGGAGGAGACGAUUUUGAACAAAACCUACAAAAGCGCGAAAGAGGCAUUGAUGAAUUGCAAUCUUGUUUCGAUUCUGGGAUUGCUGCGACCAUCUCAACACAUUCUGAUCUCAGCGCUCUAUGCACAUCGCCUGUGGCUCAAGUCAAUGAACAAGUCUUGGAGCUUUCUCUCAUGGAGUCAAGUAUUUUCAAUUUUAGGAAACAAAAUUCAAGAGAUUCUACAGAAGGAGAACAUUCAGACGUUGUGCUAGAUCCACCUGAUGAUGUGCCCAGUGAUGAGACGUUUGUCGCGAAGUUUGUUUUGGCCGAGCAAAUUUGCAGCACUCAGCUGCCUUCGAAUCCGCUCAUCGUGAAAUUGACUUGUGUACCAGAACGAAGUUUGUUAGCCGUAUCGUAUAUUUUUUCACUGCCAGCCGAAGAAGAAGAGAAUCGAUCGAUGCAUGCGAUUUCACUACUUUUGCCUUUGAAAAGACUCGAUUGGUUUAUGUGUCGUGAACGUUUGUUCGAGAACAUGAUGACGGAUAUGGUGCCACGAAUCAAGGCCUCGCUUUUAGAGGAAGAAUAUGAGGAUUCAAUUGUUCGGCUGACGACUGAACUCACGAGAAUGAUAGGUCUUUUUGGGUCAUUGGAACGGUUUCCCCUGCUCACUGAAGGGAAAAGACAUCGGAUCAAACUCACGCUUUUAAAUGGCUAUGAAUUGAAAGAGAAUAAACUUUUGGCCAAGGCGAUUUCUGGUGUCCUACAAAGUCAAGGCUACUGUGUGAUCUUGGGCGACAAUCACAACUUUGUGGCAAAAUUGCUGCUCACAUUGUGCUUCUUUGUACCCCAAGAGUUGAGAUGGAACUGUUUGAGAGCUUAUCGUCAUACGUACAACCCAUAUGUUCGAUUACAGGCAGUUAGAAGGAUAGAACUUCCAACGAUCAUCUUACACGGCGCAAGAUGUGAGUGGCCUGUUUGCAUUGUUGACGUUGAUCGAAACAAAGUUUGCUUGUCGGCACCAUUUCAGAAACAUCGCCUUCUCAAAGCAAAGAUUGAAACCUAUUUUGUCAACUCCAUUCUUCAGCAAAAUGUCCCAAAGGCAAAGAAUAACGUUAAACUAGAGUUGCAACCGGUGAAAACGAUCGAAAAUGUUAGAUGGCUUUUGCGUAAUCUCGAUCUUCUGCCACAAGAGGAGUCUGCUCGCUUGGGUCUUGUCGAGCAGUUUAUGUUGUACUUUGAGAAUCUCGCGCAAGCAUUUGUAAAGUAUGUUCGGGCGGCGAGUGAUCCGUUAAAUGACGAAAAGGAGUGUGGCGUUCGUUCUUCUCGCUUCUCUUUGACGGAUUGUCGAAAAGCGCUCGAUUUGACCCAGGACAAUUUCUUCAACGCGGUGUUGGCUCGUGCCGAACUUUUACAACCACAAAUUGCCGACUUUAUUUUUCAA